CACCUCCAAUUCGCAGCAGUCAGUCAGGACCAAAAUAAGACACUACCGUCCUCAGCCUUUCAUCGCCAGCACAAAACGCCAUUGUUCUGUCCCGCUCCCUGCUGUUCUGCUUGUCGCUUGCAUUCCUCCUGCUGCGGCCUCCCCAUAUAUAUCCCCAACCCGCUCCCCGCUUUCCUUGUCUUUUCUUCCCCCCUUAAAAACUCACCGGACUCUCACAACGCCAUGCAGAAUGGCAACUCGCGAAAGAAGAAUGGCAAUGGCAGCGUGAGAGCUUCUAACAAGAACAACAAGAACCGCGUCACCGUGUCGGAAUUACAGGCUCGAUUCAAGACCGACGAAAUCAUCACAACCACCAGCAACAACGACGAAGAUAAUAACACUGACAAUUCAGACGGCAGCAUCCUGACGCCCUCGACCUCCAGCCCUACAGCCAAUACCAACUCCUCCAAAACUACAGUCAAAAUGGCAUCGCACACCAAAUCUGCGCAGCACGCGCGAAAAAUUUCGUCGCCAAUGGCACCGCCCUUUAUGGUGUCAGCCCCUGGCAAAGUCAUUGUUUUCGGCGAGCACGCCGUGGUUCAUGGAAAGGCAGCUUUAGCUGCUGCCAUCUCGCUACGGUCAUAUCUACUUGUCACCACGCUUUCAAAAUCACAUCGCAACGUGACCUUGAAUUUCCGCGACAUUGGCUUGGAUCACACCUGGGACAUUGACUCGCUGCCCUGGAAUGUGUUCCAGCACCCGUCAAAGAAGAAGAUGUACUACGAUCUCGUCACAGAGCUAGACCCCGAAUUACUCGAGGCAAUGCAGCCACACGUCGCUGCUGUCUCCGCAAACGAAACCGACGAUGUACGCAAAAUCCACCAAAACUCCGCCGCUGCGUUCCUCUACCUAUUCCUCUCCUUGGGCUCGCCCAAUUCCCACGCCGCCAUCUACACCCUCCGAUCUACAAUCCCACCUGGCGCCGGCCUAGGGAGCAGUGGAAGCGUCAGUGUCUGCAUCAGCGCAGCCCUGCUGCUGCAGAUCCGUACCCUCGCCGGGCCGCACCCGGAUCAGCCCCCAGACGAGGCUGCAGUUCAGAUCGAACGCAUCAACCGAUGGGCAUUUGUCGGCGAAAUGUGCAUACAUGGGAAUCCAAGCGGCGUCGACAACACCGUCUCAUCAGGCGGCAAAGCAGUGCUCUUCCGACGCGACGACUAUUCCAAACCACCCACCGUCACCUUCCUCAACAAUUUCCCCGAACUGCCUCUCCUAAUCGUCAACACCAACCAAUCCCGCUCCACGGCCGUCGAAGUCGCCAAAGUCGGCACCCUGCUUAAAACCCACCCUCAAGUCACCGCCGCAAUGCUCGACACCAUCGACCAAGUCACCAUAUCUGCACACAACAUGAUCACAUCCUCGGACUUUGACAACGACGACGAGGACGACGAAGAUACCAACACGGAGACCCUCUCCAAAUUCGGCGCACUAUUCCGCAUCAACCACGGCCUCCUCGUCUCCCUCGGCGUUUCGCACCCUCGUCUCGAGCGCAUCCGCGAGCUAGUCGAUUACUCCAAUAUCGGCUGGACCAAGCUCACUGGCGGCGGCGGCGGCGGCUGCGCAAUCACGCUUCUCCGUGCAGAUGCAUCGCCGCAAGCCCGCCGGCAACUCGACCGCAGCCUCGCCGCCGAGAACUUCUCCUCCUUCGAAACGACGCUCGGCGGCGACGGCGUCGGCGUUUUGUACCCCGCCGUUCUCCGAAAUGGCUCGGAUGAGGAAGGCGGUGAGGAAAUCGAUCAAUUGAAAUUCGAGAAUGCCGUGGGGAACGACGGUAUUGAGCGGCUGGUUGGAGUCGGUGGUGGUGUGCAGGAGAAGCGUGAGGGGUGGAAGUUUUGGCGGAGGGCUGGGUAGGUAGCCUCCCCUCCCCCAUUCAGCCCUCUAUCCGGUCCUUCUUACCUUUCAACUACUGGAUUGAAACUCUAUGAUUGGUCGAGAUGGUAUUAGAGUGUAAUAUUGCUUUCGGUGAUGGACUUGACGUUAUAAAUGUACAUAUACUUUCCAUACUUCACUAUCUAUCAAUACUAAAUUUAAUAAUGGCAUGUAAUUGAUUCUAUCUACAUAGGGAUGUAUUGGGUUAUGUAUUGCUUUGAAAAUAGGUAUACUAG